CAAGAAGCACAAAACUUCUUCCUUGCUCUCUCUCCUUCCCUUGCUAUCAUGUUCUUCCUCGGUUCUUCUUCUUGUCUGUAAGUAGUGGGAAACUUGCAACCAUUCAUAUCCGAGGGCAGGAGCUUUUUGUCAUUUAUUUCUAGGCCGAAUUCGUGGGGGCGCCCCACCUGCCUGGCUGCCUCCUCUCCUCGCAGUGCCCAGGCAUCUACUGCUCCUGGCAGUAUUGCUUGCCUUCUUUUGCCUCGCCACGGUUGGGUACCGCUGCUGCUUCCUCCAGUCACCACCUCAAAUCCUCCUCCUCCUCCUCUUCUUCUUCGUCGUCGUCCUCCACUCCUUUCGCGGCUCUUGUGCUUCGCCUGUUCGGACUUCGGAGCGGUCUUGGCCCUCGCGGCGCCAAAAUUCGAUUUUGUUGAGGUCUUCGGGACGGAAGGUUGGAUUUUUGUCGGGAUUAUUCGUUGCCACAGGUACCCGUGGCCUAUUUCUGCAUAGUGAUUUCGGGCUGUGCUGUGAGUUUGCUGUGAUUUCUCGCCGCUUCGCUGUUGAACCGAAGAUUCCAUCUUCGUUUCGUGCAAACACCAAAGCGGUGGAAGCAGUUCUUCUGGGAGCAGAUGGCUGCUUAGUGGGGAGAUUUGGCUGGAAGGCUUGGUGCUGGCUCCAAUCUUGCUUUGAUGCAAGAAUCGAAUGCAGUGAUGCUGAUGACGAGAUUUGAGUUUGAAUUUCGAGUGUGAGAUCAAGCAGCUGCGGAAUCUGAAUACCGCUUCGUAGGACAAUUUUCCAUUCGGAGGAACUGUCGCUGAGGGAAAAAGAGAUCAAUGGCGUCGUUGUCACAAGGUGAGGUGACAAGCAGGGGGAGCAUGUGGGAGCUAGAUCAGAACCUUGAUCAACCGAUGGAUGAGGAGGCGGGGAGACUGAAGAAUAUGUACAGAGAAAAGAAGUUCUCAUCAGCUUUGUUACUACGGCUGGCAUUUCAGAGCCUUGGGGUGGUUUUUGGUGACCUGGGCACAUCACCUUUAUACGUGUUCUAUAAUAUCUUUCCUCGUGGAGUAGAUAACGAUGAGGAUGUAGUUGGAGCUCUUUCCUUGAUUAUUUACACCCUCACUCUCAUUCCACUUCUGAAGUAUGUUUUUGUUGUCUUGAGGGCAAAUGACAACGGUCAAGGUGGUACAUUUGCUCUUUAUUCCCUAUUGUGCCGCCAUGCAAAGAUCAACACCAUACCUAAUCAACACAGGACUGAUGAGGAAUUGACGACAUAUAGUCGGCAAACAUACGAGGAGAAUUCAGUUUCAGCAAAAAUAAAGAGAUGGCUAGAGGCACAUGCAUAUAAGAGAAACAUUCUUCUUAUUCUUGUUCUCAUUGGUACUUGUACAGCUAUUGGAGAUGGGAUCCUUACUCCUGCUAUAUCUGUUCUCUCUGCAUCAGGUGGCAUAAAAGUACAGAAUCAGAACAUGAGUACUGAUGUUGUUGUUCUUGUAGCUGUGGUCAUCUUGAUUGGAUUAUUUAGCAUGCAGCACUAUGGAACAGAUAAAGUGGGAUGGCUUUUUGCACCAAUAGUUCUUCUCUGGUUCGUCUUAAUUGGAAGUGUCGGAGCUGUUAACAUACAUAAGUAUGAUAAGUCCGUGUUAAAAGCAUACAACCCAGUGUAUAUAUACUGGUUUUUCCGACGGAGAUGGAAUUCUGACAUAUGGACCUCUCUGGGAGGAGUCAUGCUUAGCAUCACAGGAACUGAAGCAUUAUUUGCUGACCUCUGUCACUUCCCUGUAUUGGCAAUUCAGAUUGCUUUCACCUUGAUUGUGUUCCCAUGCCUUCUACUGGCAUACACUGGGCAGGCUGCCUACAUUAGUUCCCACAAAAAACAUGUCGCCGACGCCUUCUAUCGGUCCAUUCCAGAUGCCAUAUACUGGCCAGCCUUUGUCAUAGCAACUGCUGCAGCAAUUGUUGCAAGCCAAGCCACCAUAUCUGCAACCUACUCAAUCAUAAAGCAAGCUCUUGCACUAGGUUGUUUUCCCCGCGUGAAGAUAGUCCACACCUCGAAGAAAUUCCUGGGGCAGAUUUACAUCCCUGACAUCAACUGGGUCCUUCUGGUUCUUUGCAUUGCUGUCACUGCUGGAUUCAAGAACCAAAGCCAGAUAGGAAAUGCAUAUGGCACCGCCGUGGUUAUAGUUAUGCUAGUUACAACAUUCCUCAUGGUGCCAAUCAUGCUGCUGGUGUGGAAGAGUCACUGGGUCCUCGUCGUCACCUUUAUCGUGCUCUCACUCAUGGUGGAGGUCCCCUACUUCGUGGCCUGCAUACUCAAGAUCGACCAAGGCGGUUGGGUCCCGCUUGUCAUCGCGACGGCCUUCUUCCUCAUCAUGUACGUGUGGCAUUACUGCACCGUGAAGCGGUACGAGUUCGAGAUGCACAGCAAGGUGUCCAUGGCCUGGAUCCUUGGCCUCGGCCCGAGCCUUGGCCUGGUCAGGGUCCCAGGGAUAGGCUUCGUGUACACCGAGCUGGCCAGCGGCGUCCCGCACAUCUUCUCCCACUUCAUCACCAACCUCCCCGCGAUCCACUCGGUGGUCGUCUUCGUCUGCGUCAAGUACCUGCCGGUGUACACCGUCCCGACCGAGGAGCGGUUCCUGGUGAGGAGGAUCGGGCCCAAGAACUUCCACAUGUUCCGCUGCGUGGCGAGGUACGGGUACAAGGACCUCCACAAGAGGGACGAGGACUUCGAGAAGAUGCUCUUCGACUGCGUCCUCUUCUUCGUCCGGCUGGAGAGCAUGAUGGAGGGCUACUCCGACUCGGACGAGUUCAGCGUGCCGGAGCUGGGGACUGGCGGCGGCGGCGGCCCGCUGACGAGCAGCGCCAGCGCGUUCCUGGGCGAGAAGACCUGCAGCACCAUGUGCUCCAACGGCGAGCUGAGCUUCUCGUCGCAGGACUCGAUCGUGCCGGCGCAGUCGCCGCCGUCGCUCAGGGGGAUGACGGGCAGCAGCCUGCUGACGAGGUGCUCGGAGGGUCAGGCCAGCACGGUGGGCGACGAGCUGGAGUUCCUGAACCGGUGCAAGGACGCCGGCGUGGUGCACAUCCUCGGGAACACCAUCGUGCGCGCGCGGCGGGACUCCGGGGUCGUGAAGAAGCUCGCCGUGGACUACAUGUACGCCUUCAUGAGGAGGAUGUGCAGGGAGAACAGCGUGAUCUUCAACGUCCCCCAUGAGAGCCUGCUCAACGUCGGGCAGAUAUACUACAUUUGAGAGAUUAAUUUCUUCUUCCCUUAAGUGCUUAAUGUUAAAUC